AUGUGCAUGCGACACAUGCAGCAAUGUGUCACGCCCCUCACCGCACUCGUGAGUUCACCCAAUGUACUGAAUCCUUUGCAGGUCUCAGCGAGGCGGAUCGUAUCGGGCAAGUGCACGAACGCGGGGCAGGUGUGCCUCCUGCCCGACUACAUUCUGGCCUCCAAGGACGUUGCUGCGCGGCUGGUGAGAGGGGGAGACGGGGCGAAAGGGCAGGGAUUGCUGCCCCAUCUGAAGGCCGCCAUGGAGCAGUUUUACGGCAGCAACCCCGCUGUCUGCCCUGACCUCGCCCGCAUCAUCAACACCUCCCACCUGCACCGCCUGCAGAAGCUUCUCGACCAUCCUGCUACCGCCUCCUGUGUCGUGCACGGGGGGCAGAGCGAUGUGGAAUCGAGGUACUUCGCCCCAACGCUGCUGCUCAACGUGCCCUGGGAUGCCCCCAUCAUGCAGUCCGAGAUCUUUGGGCCCAUCCUGGCCAUCCAAACAGUGUCAGGAGUCGACGAGGCCAUUGAAAUCGUCAACGCGCGCCCCAAGCCGCUCGUGGUGAUGGUCUUCACGUCCCGGGAGGACGUGCGGCAGCGCUUCCUCAAGGAGACCAGCUCGGGGGCUAUGGUGGCCAAUGAGCUUAUCCUGCAGGUGCGGCGGAGGGGAGAGGGUUCUAGGGGGGAAAAGGGAGAAAGAGAAGUAUGGGGUUAG